GUCUGUCCGUUUGUCUGUCUCACAAUCCAGCCUAAUCGAGGAACGAUUCAAGACACGACCCAAGAUCCAGGACGAGAGUCGAACAGCCUGGCUUGAGCGUACGGAUCGGUGGGUGUGUCCUAGUCUUCGUGUUGACUGACCAGAGUCCGCGGAGCUCUCGUCCACCCCCACUGAGGAAGAACCCGCUGAGGCCACGGAUCGCUCGCCAUGAAGACCAUCUACACAUUCGGUGGCGUGGCCCCCCUGACGUGCCACGCCUUUUCGGCCGACCAGCGCCAAAUCGCCCUCUCCAAGAACAACAACCAAGUGGAGAUCCACGAGCAAUCGGGCAGUGGUCCCAAUGGGGACAAGUUCGCUUUGAAAGACACGCUCGAUCAACACGAUUUGCGGGUCAACGGCAUCGAUUGGGCGCCCCAAACCAACCGGAUCGUGACCUGCUCGGCCGACCGCAAUGCCUACGUCUGGACCCAACAGCCCAAUGGCACGUGGAAGCACACGUUGGUGUUGCUGCGGAUUAACCGUGCCGCCACGUGCGUCAAAUGGUCGCCCAAGGAGAACAAGUUCGCCAUCGGAUCCGGCGCUCGCUUGAUUUCCAUCUGCUAUUUCGAGGCCGAUAACGAUUGGUGGCUGGCGAAGCAUGUCAAGAAGCCCAUCAAGAGCACCAUCACGGCCUUGGAUUGGCAUCCCAACAACUGUUUGGUGGCCGCGGGCUCGUCGGACUUCAAAGUCCGCGUGUUCUCCGGAUACGUCAAGGAUAUUGAGGAUAAGCCCUCGCCCACGCCUUGGGGCAGUAAAAUGCCUUUUGCUCACCUCAUGACUGAGUUCAGCAAUAGUCUGCACGGUGGUGGUUGGGUCCAUGCGGUCAGCUUCUCCGCCGACGGCACCAAGCUCGCCUGGGCCGGCCACGACAGCUCCUUGUCUGUGGCCGACGCCACCAAAGGUCUGACCAUCUUUAAACUGAAGACGGCCCAUUUGCCGUUGCUGAGCUGUUUGUGGGUGUCGCCCAGUACCAUCAUUGCCGCUGGGCACGAUUGCACGCCCUUGGUGUUCAACGUGGACGGGGCCGGGCAAGUGAGCUUCGUGUCCAAAUUGGAAGAGGAUAAGAAGGGCGAUGGUGGGCCGGCCAAGUUCAGUGCCAAAGCCUUGUUCCAGAACAAGGAUCGGACUGGGCAAAGCGAGGUGGCCGAUACCGUCCUCAACACCACCCAUCAAAACCAGAUAUCGUGCAUUCAAAUUGUGAAGGGCAAUAAGGAUCGGGCGGAUGUGAUCUCCACUUCCGGUGGCGAUGGGAAGCUGGUGCUUUGGGACUUGCGAACUAUUGAGAAGCAAAUGAAGGGCUUGAAGUUGUAGGACUGACGCUCUCUUUCGAAAUAUAUUUGCUUUUGAUAAUAUUAAUAAUAAUAUGAAUAAAACAAUGAAUAAUCUGCUGUUAUCAUGUCAAACUUGAAAUACACUGCAUUUGGAUGGCCAUGAA